AGCCUCGCCUGAGCCCGCCGGGGCCCGCGCCGGCCAGCGCCUGCCCUAUGAGUGUGUCACUGGUUGUCAUCCGACUGGAGCUUGCGGAACACUCGCCCGUCCCCGCCGGCUUCGGCUUCAGCGCCGCGGCCGGGGAAAUGUCUGAUGAGGAGAUCAAAAAGAAGACACUAGCUUCAGCUGUAGCCUCUUUAGAAGGGAAGUCACCAGGGGAAAAAGCAGCAAUCAUACAUCAGCAUCUUGGUCGUCGAGAAAUGACAGAUAUGAUCAUUGAGACCAUGAAGUCCAACCCAGAUGAGCUGAAAGCCACAAUGGAAGAAAGGAAGUCUUCAGAAGCAUCUCUCACUGCACAGAGAAGUAAAGAUCAAAGUAUAGAAUGCAUAAACGCUGCUCCCGAUUCUCCAUCCAAACAGCUUCCAGACCAGAUUUCGUUCUUUAGUGGAAACCCAUCAGUUGAAAUAGUUCAUGGUAUUAUGCAUCUAUACAAGACAAAUAAGAUGACCUCCUUAAAAGAAGAUGUGAGGCGCAGUGCCAUGCUGUGUAUUCUCACAGUCCCUGCUACAAUGACCAGUCAUGACCUUAUGAAGUUUGUCGCCCCAUUUAAUGAAGUAAUUGAACAAAUGAAAAUCAUCAGAGACUCUACUCCAAAUCAAUAUAUGGUGCUGAUAAAGUUUAGUGCACAGGCCGACGCAGAUAGUUUUUAUAUGGCGUGCAACGGCCGCCAGUUCAACUCGAUAGAAGAUGAUGUUUGCCAGUUGGUGUAUGUGGAAAGGGCUGAAGUACUAAAAUCUGAAGAUGGUGCCAGCCUCCCCGUGAUGGACCUGACGGAGCUCCCCAAGUGCACGGUGUGUCUGGAGCGCAUGGACGAGUCUGUGAAUGGCAUUCUCACCACGUUAUGUAACCACAGCUUCCACAGCCAGUGCCUGCAGCGUUGGGACGACACCACAUGUCCUGUGUGCCGAUACUGCCAGACUCCAGAGCCAGUAGAAGAGAAUAAGUGUUUUGAGUGUGGCGUUCAGGAAAACCUUUGGAUUUGUUUAAUAUGUGGCCACAUAGGAUGUGGACGAUAUGUAAGUCGACAUGCUUAUAAGCACUUUGAGGAAACCCAGCACACGUAUGCCAUGCAGCUUACCAACCAUCGAGUCUGGGACUAUGCUGGAGAUAAUUAUGUCCAUCGAUUGGUUGCAAGUAAAACAGAUGGAAAAAUAGUACAAUAUGAAUGUGAGGGUGAUACUUGCCAGGAAGAGAAAAUAGAUGCCUUACAGUUAGAGUAUUCGUAUUUACUAACAAGCCAGUUGGAAUCUCAACGAAUCUACUGGGAAAACAAGAUAGUUCGGAUAGAGAAGGACACAGCAGAGGAAAUUAACAACAUGAAGACCAAAUUUAAAGAAACGAUUGAGAAAUGUGACAAUCUGGAGCACAGACUAAAUGAUCUCCUAAAAGAAAAGCAGUCUGUGGAAAGAAAGUGCACUCAGCUAAACACAAAAGUGGCCAAACUCACCACAGAGCUCAGAGAGGAGCAGGAAAUGAACAAGUGUUUGCGUGCCAACCAAGUCCUCCUGCAGAACAAACUGAAGGAGGAGGAGAGGGUGUUGAAGGAAACCUGUGACCAGAAGGAUCUGCAGAUCACCGAGAUCCAGGAGCAGUUGCGUGACGUCAUGUUCUACCUGGAGACACAGCAGAAGAUCAACCACCUGCCUGCUGAGACCCGGCAGGAAAUCCAGGAGGGACAGAUCAACAUCGCCAUGGCCUCAGCCUCCAGCGCCCCCUCUUCGGGGGGCAGCGGGAAGCUGCCCUCCAGGAAAGGCCGCAGCAAGAGGGGCAAGUGA